GUAGAUUUUCGUCUUGAUGAUAACCGUCUCGAAGACCUCUAUUGGGGCAGUCUUGUCUGGCAUAGUGGGCCUGUGUUUCCUAGGUUACUUCGUUUUCUUAGGUUUUGAAUACCGCAAAGACCAAGAAAUCAAAUUGAACCGACUUAAAAAACGCCUGGCGACAAUGAAUGAUGAAGUGGAGGCGUGCGUCCACGAAUUCGAGUCAUCGUCCUUAACAAACAGUCAAAUCAAUCAGCAGAUCUUCACACAGGAAGUGAAUAUGGGUGAGUCCUACUUGGAACACGGAGAUGUGGCCCGUAGCAUCGAGCACCUAGCCAAUGCGAUGGUUUUGUGCAAUAAACCCACAGUGUUGUACAAAGUGCUGGAGAGAAAACUGCCCAAACACGUGUUCGACAUGUUGAAGAAGAAGCUGGAAGCGGAACCGUCAAAAUCGUUGUCUUCCAGCUGACCUGUUAUCAGCAAUCUAGUCUCAUAUAACGUCAAAUAGUGUUUUUUAUCGUUUAUAUAAUUA